AUGGCGCAUAUUCUAUCUUUCCUCGACGCCGAUUCACUCAAAAAUGCAGAGCUAGUCUCGCGCUCGUGGAACGUCCAUGCUUCGUCUAGCAAUGUUUGGCGAGAGGUUUUUUAUCGUGAAUACAGAGACAGUCGUAAUGUCACUCGUACACCUGGCAUCCCGAAAAGAGCGAUGGGCCUGGGAAGGAAGAAACCCGCCCAGGACUGGAAAAAGGUAUACAAGGUUCGACACACUUUGGAGAACCGCUGGAAGUCUGGAAAAGCUGCUGCCAUCUACCUGCAUGGCCACCAGGACAGCGUGUACUGUGUUCAGUUUGACGAGAAUAAAAUCAUUACCGGUUCUCGGGAUCGUACCAUCCGCGUGUGGGAUGCACGCUAUCCGUGGCCGUGUUUGAAAGUCAUUGGUGCACACCAGGCCACAUCCGACAGCAGCGUGCCCGUAACACCCUGGCCCAUCACUCCGCCUGCAGACUCAACCGGCAGCUCCCCUUUCAUAAGCAUAUGUCCACCUGUGGCUUCUACAGCUGACCUCAUCUCCCACCAUGAGUCUGGAGAGUACCACAAUGCCUCGAUCCUUUGUCUACAGUUUGAUGAUAAGAUCAUGGUCACCGGCUCGUCAGACGCCAGCUGUAUCGUCUGGGAUAUGCAAGAUGAUUAUCGCCCCAUUCGCCGCUUGAAGUGGCACCAAGCCGGUGUUCUCGACGUCUGCUUUGACGAUAAGCACAUCGUGUCCUGUUCCAAGGACACUACUAUCUGCGUUUGGGACCGCGAAACCGGCCAGCUACUCAAACGCCUCCUCGGCCACCGCGGUCCAGUAAACACUGUCCAGCUCCGUGGUGAUUUAGUCGUCUCUGCCAGCGGUGACGGCGUCGCUAAAUUAUGGAACAUCUCAUCCGGUCUCUGCAUCAAAGAAUUUGCCAGCAAAGACCGUGGCCUGGCCUGUGUUGAAUUUUCUGAGGAUGCACGCACUAUCCUAGCUGGCGGAAACGACCAGGUUAUAUACCAAUUUGACGCAAACACGGGUGAACUCGUGAAGGAGCUGGAAGGCCAUUCCGGCCUCGUUAGGUCUCUGCACAUGGAUAACGUCAAUGGCCGAGUUAUCAGCGGCAGUUACGAUAUGAGUAUCAAAGUGUUUGACGCAAAGGCUGGAAAACUCAGCGUCGAUCUCCCUGGCUGGACCACGAGCUGGAUGCUGAGCGCAAAAUCAGAUUAUAGAAGAAUAGUCGCAACUAGUCAAGACGCCAGAGCUGUGAUUAUGGACUUUGGAUAUGGUUUAGACGGUAUAGAAUCGCUGGAAGGUUAA